GCGCCUUGCCACGAUGAAGUCGAUUCCGUGCCUCCUCCUCGCCGCGUCGGCCGCACACGGCUUCAGUCUUGCUGGCCCCGAAAAGGCCGAGGUCAUGACCAAGCUCGCAGCAUGGAAGUCGAGCCGGGCCGGGAAGAACGCGGCGGUCAACGGCUUUCUUCCGCCCAAGCCGGCGCACGGCAAUGCCGAAGACGACGAGGUUGCUCGGUUUGCCACCACCCAAAAGAUUGUUGACGAGCUCAACAAGCAGCACAAGGGCGCAGUCUUUUCGACCGACAACCAGUUUGCACUUUUGACGGAAGCUGAAUUUGCGGCCUUUGUCAAAGGCGCGUUCACGCACGAGGCGCCGGUGCGCCAACUGCGCGCCGACGACAUUCAGCUGACGCUGACGCAAGCUCAACAAGAAGCCACGGCCAUUGACUGGACGACCAACAAGUGCAUGUCGGCCGUGCGCAACCAAGGCAGCUGUGGCUCAUGCUGGGCAUUCGCCGCUGUCGGCGCUGUCGAAGCUGCUCACUGCCUCGUGACUCAGUCGCUUUUUGACUUUUCCGAGCAGCAGCUCGUGAGCUGCGCGUCGAGUGCGGGCUACGGCUGCCAAGGCGGGUGGCCCAACAAGGCGCUGGAUUACAUUGCCCAGACCGGUCUCUGCACCGAGGCAGCUUUCCCGUACGCCUCGGGUAGCACCAGCCAGAACGGCGUGUGCAAAACGUGCACAAAGACCAAGGCGCGCGUGGGCAAGGCGGUCAACAUCAAAGGCGAGGGUGCGCUCCAAACUGCACUCGAUAAGCAGCCCGUGACGGUGGUCGUCGAGGCCGGCAACAACGUGUGGCGCAACUACAAGAGCGGCGUCGUGCAGAGCUGCCCGGGUGCGCAGUCGGACCACGCGGUGAUUGCUGUCGGCUACGGCUCCACGAACGGUGUGAACCACUUCAAGAUCAAGAACUCGUGGGGCACAAGCUGGGGUGAAGCGGGCUACAUCUACCUCAAGCGCGGCGUCGCUGGCAAGGGCAUGUGCAACGUGGCCGAAGCACCAACGUACCCAAAAAUGGCGUAG